AUGCCAAGACAACGCCAGCCAAAAUCACACAACUGCAUCAUCAAAGAAUGUCCACGCAAAGGAAAGCAAUUUUUUACUGGAGGCAAUUCCGUUAAAACAGAAGAAGCAACAGCUUUUCAACUCUUUCUCACUAAAACAGGGUUACAAUCCGAUCAUUGUGGUGGUGAAUUAUGCAACUCUCAUGGAAGUAAAUUCUAUGCGUUCAAAAAAGAAAUAGGACAUAAAUCGUCUCGGGAUUGUGAUAGAAAUAAUGUUGAGUGUGAUGAGAACAAUCUUGUUUGUGAUCAUGAUCAUACCAACCACAGCAAGAAAAGCAAGGUUGAGAAAAAUUGUUGUGGAAUUUAUCUGCAAGAUUAUGAACAAUAUUUGUUCAACGACAAAAUUUAUGAUUGCACAAACCAAGUGAUAGGAAUACCGAUCAAUAACCGAAUUUAUUCGAAUUUACUCAACCGAAUGUAA